ACACAUACACAUACACAUACACACAUUGACUUUAAUUUAAAAGAAGUAUUAACUUACUCCAACUCUGCGUAUAUUUAUUUCAUUUUUCUUUACUUUCUUUGCAACAUUUUCCUUUAUUCGUCUUAAUUAAUUUUUUAUUAUCUAUAUGUUAAUUCGAUUUUUAAACGUAACACAACAUGCUAAAAAAUAUAACGUAUAUAUAAUGUUGAACGCUUCAAAGUAUACUAUUAUACAAUCAAAUAGUGAUUUUUUCAGAUGUUUUAUUUAAUGUAAAAAGUGAAUUAAAAACGCGUCAGAUAGAUAUAGAUUCUUUUCGCACUUUGGAUUUUACUUCCGCAUCUGGGAAACGUCGAUUAAGGGCCACGCCGGCAUAGCCCUGGAUGGAAUGAUUAAAGCGCGUAACCGCGCUCAAGAAUAUGACUCGGCGACGGGGGAGGGGGGAGGAGAUCAUUUUUUCCGCGCGACGCGCUCUUUCCAAUUUUCCCGUAGAUGCACGGUGUGAUCGCGCGGCACGCAGUAAAAAAAAACGAGCUCGAGGACUGUGGUGGUCUGGCACGAGCUGAUAGCCGCGGACGCGAGAGUUGCAAGAGGAGCGAGAGAAAGAGCGGUAGCUCGUCGAGGGGGCCGGGGAAGGCAGGUGGUGGCGGUGGCGGCGGCGGCGGUGGCGGCGGCGGCGGCGGCGGCGGCGACGGAGGGAGACCCGCGGAUACGUUCAGGCCGAUACAUGGAGUACAGCGCGUAGCGUCUGAAUCAGUCUACAUUCGACCGUCGCGCGCGUCGUGUCGCCGCGAAGCCGUGUGGUCGAGUCAUCCGACGACGACGACGACGUGUCGAAAGACGAAAACGUAAGGAACGAACGGGUUGCACGCGCGCGGGGGGACAGUGGUGUAUACGUAGUAAUAACGAUAAUAAUAAUACGGCCGGGCCGACGUGAAUCCGCGGUCUUAUCAGACUUGACGGGACGAAAGGAGCGGGAGGAUGUGACAAGUUUACCGCAGAUUGGAGGGACGAGAAUCCGCCGGCGCUUUUUCCUCGUCGGCCGCCGACUCAGAGGUGUGUACGGAGGGACGAUCGUCGUCAAACGAAAACAGUCGUAACGUUGGAUCGGAAGGGGGUAGAGGCGAUAAUAAUCGGGAUAUCGCGGGAGGAAAAGCGUAUGUAAACAAGCGUGGCUCCGAAGCGAUGUGAAGAGGGAAAAUCGAGCGCUAUAUCGAAUAGUAUAACUCGUCGCGCGAAGUCGCAGAACAGCAAGUAAGAGAGAAGAGUUACCCGGCGAUGCGCGGCGGGGGGCGAACGGUGUAAACAUACGCGAGGCGAAUAGGCGCGUUCUCGAGCGCCGGAAAGCCGGUGCGGCGCGGCGCCCGGAACGGUUCUUCCGCGCGGAAUGCGCGCCGGGAGCGGUUCGUGAAAAAUCUCACACCCCGUGUGCGUGAAACGACGACGGCAGACGAGAUUCCGGCCGCGCGAAGUGGAGUUCGUAAUAUGCCAAUAACUGGCGCACGGCGCGCGGUGAUGUUUAUGGUGAGGAAGGAGGUGGCGGCGCGCGAAGUGCAGGAAGCUGCUGCUAGCGGACUCGACGCGGGGAACUCGCGCGGCGGGCAACUUGACACUCUUGCGACAGGUGCGGGUUAUUACGGCGCCGUCGGCACCUCCGCCUCGCGCCUCGCCGAUAACGACGCGCGCGAGUUGUCUCAUUAUUCCACCCUCGUCGACGAGAAGCAUCGUCUCCCCUGCCGUCGUCGUCGUUGUGCCGCCGCCGCCGCUGCCGUCGUCGUCCACGUCUAGAGAGACGGAGGCACCACCGCUCGCGGACCUUCGCCGCGCGCUCCGUGGACCCAAGGCAGAGAACCGUGGACGAGGAGGAGCAGCAGGAGGAGGAGGAGGAGGAGGAGGAGGAGGAGGAGGAGGAGGCGGAGGAGGAAGAGGCGGAGGUGCUCGUGAUGGUGAUGGUGGUGAUGGUGGAGGCGGAGGAGGAGAAAACGAAGGAAGAGCAAGAGAAGAGCGUCCACUUAUGAUCGUAUCAAACGAAGAGAGAUAGCGAGUCGAGAGAAGUAUUUCCCGAUCUGUGCGCGAAACUUUGCGACCCACAUUCUCGGGACAUUCAUUUUUUUCGAGAAGCUCGACAUCGAAAAACCGUCGCAACGAUUCUUUAAUGUAUAACCGCGGGAUCCAGCGCGUGAUGUAACACGUUGUACGACGAGGAGAGGAGUUGGGCUUAAAGUUCUGAUCUCCGAAGAGCGAUCGGCUCUGUCGGAGCCGGCUCAAGAGCUUUCUCGAUCCGGCCGGGAAAAGACCCCUUCUCGAGGAGACUAUCGCGAUCCAAACGAAAGGAUCGCGCGGACGUUCUCAGUGCCCAGAAUCCCGCGAUCCGCGCUCCUCGAUCGAACUCGGUUGCCGUGCCACUGAUCAAUCGGCUCCGUGGGAAGAAAAACGCACAGCCAGCGUGGGGAAUUGCUGCACACUUAGAUGUUUAAAUCGACCAACGUUAGUUAGGCCAGCACAGUCAAAUCCGUCACUCCGAUCGCGACCACUGGAUCAUUCGUUCAUCUUCGCCGUUUUGAUUCCGUUCGUCUUGGAUGCAUUCUCUCCCGAUAGAGAAGACAUUCGCGGCCGGUCGUGUAACGUGUGAGAUUCUAUCGUCGCGACAAUUUCCGCAAACCGCUCUGUUACCCGUGAACUACGCGAGGAUGCUAACGUCGGCGUCGAGUGCGCGUCCGUGCCGAGUAGCAGACCCGUUCUGAUUGUCAAUGAACGUGACUCGCGCGGUGCCGGGAAAGUGAGGCUCUAAUUAAACUCGCGUGUGUGACGGCCGCAACAUCUACGUGUCACGUUGCCUAGGCGGCGAAUCGCUCAUUUAGGAGACCGAACCGGAGAGGCGGCCAGCUGUUAAUCAGCAGCCACCGCGGUGGACAUGAUUAUUUCAAAGGAUUUGUUCCUCCUUGGCGACCAGGAUUAUCUGCGCCUUCCCGUCAACGAGAAGCGCCAGCAACGGGCAAUGGGCCGGCCGAUCAUCAAUGCUCCCAGAGUGGAAAGCUCAGCGCUGCAAUUGGUGUGCCCGCUGGAUUCUCGUCCGGUGCAGCUAAUCUUCCGAGGAUUGCAGGUGGUCAAGGAGAAACGAGUACUCCUUCGAGAUGUUUCGGGAGUCGUCAAGCCAGGCGAAUUAUUAGCCGUUAUGGGCCCUUCAGGCUGUGGUAAAACAACACUGCUGAACUGUUUGUCCGGCCGUGUUGGCGUGGACAGCGGUGAGAUCUGGCUGAAUCGCGAGAGGCUCACCAAACGGUGGCGCAGAAGAAUCUGCUACGUACAACAGCAAGAUAUUUUUUUCCCCGAUCUCACCUUACGGCAGACGCUUGAGUACCAGGCGAGGCUGAGGCUUCCGGACACGCUCUCGCACUCCCAGAAGAUGCAGUGCGUGGACCACAUCAUCGAGGUCCUCGACCUCGCGGGCUGCCAAGACACCAUUAUCGGAGAUUAUUCGAAGCGGGGAAUUUCUGGUGGUGAGAAGAAGAGGACGAGUAUAGCUUGCGAAUUACUCACGAAUCCAUCGCUAAUGCUACUUGACGAACCCACGAGUGGACUCGACUCGCACUCGGCGCAGGCAUUAAUCUCGCGUUUGAAGAAAUAUGCCGAGCAAGAGGGCAAGAGCAUCGUGGUGACGGUACACCAACCUAGUUCCAGGAUGUUCCACAGUUUUAGUAAGCUUCUCCUACUGAGUAACGGUCAAGUGGCGUACUACGGCUCGACAGCGAAUGUCGGCAGAUUUUUCUCUACGAUAGGACUUACGCUACUGCCGCAUUACAACCCCGCAGACUUCAUUCUGGAACAAAUAAAGGGGCCAGAGGAGGUUCGAGAUCGCAUCGUUGCCGCAGCGAGAGCUGCAAGACAGGGACCUGACUGCCCGCCGGAACUUCGCCCGGAGUAUAAUCCCAGCCAACAUCCGCUCUGCGACCAUCUCAUCCAUUAUCACGAGCACCACAUCAGCCACAACGUGAAGGAAGACGAAGGCCGUACGCUAUGGCUGGACACACAAAGCCACGCCAGCAGCAGUGCGAGUUCUGCUGAUGACGACUAUUCCUGGCAGUGGCCCACCAGCUUCUGGUCGCAGUUCAAAGUAUUAUCGGAAAGAAAUUUUCAAGAAGCACGACCACGAAUGCUGUCGCGCCUUCACUGGCUGCAAACGGUAGCUCUCGGGCUUCUAACUGGGCUUUUAUGGCUGGGUCUUCCCAGAACUGAAGCGGCCAUUCAUGAUAUUCAGGGGUGGAUGUUCUUCAGCAACACGUACUGGAUGCUUUUUGCACAUUUUGGAGCGCUCACGAGCUUUCCCCCGGAGCGCGAGGUGAUCAACAAGGAACGCCUGUCAGGAUCCUACCGGCUCUCGGCCUACUACCUGGCGAAGAUGGUAGGCGAGUUGCCGUUGACGAUAACGCUGCCUGCAGUCUACCAUAUAAUUAGUUACCCGAUGUUGGGCUUCCAUAAUAUAGCGGUCUUCAUCACGCUGCUAGCGUUUUUGUUGCUCAACACUGUAGUCGCGCAG